AUGGACGGCGUCAACCACGUUUUACUUGAUAUCGAAGGAACAGUCUGUCCAAUUGCCUUUGUCAAGGAGAUCUUGUUCCCGUAUGCCAUAGACGCCCUGCCCAACGUGCUGAGCACGCAGUGGGACAGCGAAUCUUUCAGACCGUAUCGCGAGGCUUUCCCCGAAGAACACCGAACUUCGCCAGAAGCGUUGCAAGCUCAUGUCGAGGACCUGACACGUCGAGAUGUUAAAAUUGCCUAUCUGAAGAAUCUUCAAGGCAUGCUGUGGGAGCAUGGCUACAGGACCGGAGCGUACUCCACUCCUUUAUUCUCCGACGUUGUACCUCAGCUGCGAAAUUGGGCGAGCUACAAUCUGGGACUCUCAAUCUACUCCUCGGGGAGCGUCUUUGCUCAGAAACUGCUGUUUGGUCAUGUUCAAGCUGAAGCAGGCUUGACCGAGCAUCGAGAAGCUCUCGACCUGACUAGUCUCUUCGAGGGUUGGUUCGAUACAGUAAACGCUGGGCUGAAGACGGAUCAGAGUAGCUAUACAAAGAUAGCUGGUGCAUUGAAGCGAAAUCCAGAGGAAAUCUUGUUCCUGAGCGAUAAUGUCAAAGAGGUCGAUGCAGCUGUCCAUGGCGGCAUGAAAAGCAUCUUGGUCGAUCGACCUGGGAAUGCUGAAGUUUCUCGGGAAGACCGAGAAAGACUGACGGUAGUGCAGUCUCUUGGUGAUAUCAAUCUGUGA